AUGCAAAACCCCACCCGUGACCCCGACUGUAUACUAUCAGAUUUUGUAGGAAAUUAAUUAUUUAAGAUACUGUUUUCCCUAUAAAGCCUCGAACCAACACUGGAUUUCUCAGAGUCUUUUGUAUGAAUUCCUUAGUCUUUUGUCAAUGGAGAAAUAAGGCUGCCAGCAUAUUUGUAGUCUAUUUUGCAACCCAAAAUGAGUAAGUCGAAAGGAUCCGAUGAGUAUGAAUUAGAAGGUUUUGUCGACUGGAGAGGAAGACCUGCUCGGAAGGAUCGCCAUGGUGGAAUUCACGCGACCUUCUUUGUAUAUGUGAUGCAGAUAUUUGAGAUCCUUGCUUUUCUUGCCAUUAAUAUAAAUCUGGUGACAUAUUUCAAUGGAGUUAUGCAUAUGGAGCUCUCUGAUGCAGCGACUAUGCUCACAAAUUUCGUGGGCACUACACUACUUUUAUCGUUGGUUGGGGGAUUUGUUUCUGAUGCGUACCUUAACAGAUUCCAGACUAACUUCUUUUCUGUCUGUAUAGAACUCAUUGGAUACGCUGUAUUAUUAAUACAAGCCCACUAUGGGAGUUUAAAGCCUCCUCCCUGUAAUCUACUGGAUAAGUCUUCUGUGUGCGAGAAAGUGAGUGGAGCAAAAGCUGUGAUGCUAUUUGUGGGACUGUAUUUGGUGGCUAUUGGAAGUGGAGGUGUGAGAGGUUCUCUACCGCCUCUAGGAGCAGAUCAAUUCGAUGAGAAAGAUCCCAAAGAAAGGAGAAAAAUAUCCACCUACUUUAACAUGCUUUUCCUCAGCAUCGCUGUUGGGUCAUCUAUUGGUGUUACUGUAGUUGUGUGGGUGAUGAACAACAAAGGAUGGGAUGCAGGUUUAGGUUUCUGCUUAGCAGCCGUUUUCAUGGCAACCCUAGGCAUUGUGGCUGGAAAAUCAACAUACCGUAUCAGAAUCCCUGGAGGGAGCCCUCUAACUCGCAUUAUUCAGGUGUUUGUAGCUGCAUUCCGUAACCGAAAGCUCAGCCUACCAGAGAAUCCGAACGAUCUAUAUGAAGUACAUGAUAAGGAAGCAAACAUCAUCCAUACCGAGAAACUUGCACAUACAAACCAAUUCGAAUUCCUGGACAAAGCAGCCAUAUUAAGGGGGGAUUCCUCUAAACUUGAGAAUAACAUGGAGCCUAGUGGCUGGAGAUUAUGCACUGUGACCCAAGUAGAAGAAGCCAAGAUUCUAAUUCGAAUGGUACCCAUAUUUGCAAGCACAAUACUGCUGAGUACAGGUUUAGCACAACUUCAGACAUUUUCAGUGUCUCAGGGUUUGACCAUGGAUCGAAGCAUGGGAAAGCAUUUCAAAAUCCCAGCGCCUUCUUUAGCAAUAAUUCCUUUGCUAUUUCUAGUUAUUCUGACUCCAAUCUACGACAGAAUUUUUGUUCCAGUUGCUAGAAGAUUCACUGGACACGAAGCAGGGAUUACUCACUUGCAAAGAGUUGGAGUUGGAUUAGUAUUGGCUGUAAUAGCAAUGUGUAUUGCUGCUGUGGUGGAGGUGAAGAGAAAACAUGUGGCAAAAGAGAAUGGAAUGUUGGACUCAAUACCAAUUCUGAUGCCGCCUAUUCCAAUGAGUGUCUUCAUGUUGGGAUUCCAAUUUUUUCUCUUUGGAGUUGCAGACUUAUUCACUUUGGUAGGGACAAUGGAGUUCUUUUACAGUGAAGCCCCUGAAAGAAUGAGGUCCAUGUCCACUGCAUUUUCGUAUGCAUCUGUAUCUGUGGGUUUCUUCCUCAGCAGUGUUCUAGUUAAUGCUGUCAACUCUGCAACUCGAAACAUCACAGAAAGCCAUGGUUGGCUUCGGGGUAACAAUCUGAACCGAAACCAUCUUGACUUGUUCUACUGGUUACUCGCUGUCCUCCUCUUGAUCAACUUUUUCAACUAUCUCUUCUGGUCAACUUGGUACAAACACAAAAAAGUAGCCGGGAUCCAAGAAGACAAGGUAUCUGUGGGGGCUUGACACGAAUAUAACUAGUGGUGGUGGUAUUUCUAUUAGGUUCAAUGAGCUCACCAUAGUUUGUAUGCAUGCAAUUUAUCUAUAUAAAAAUAUGAUAUAAAAUGUAUGGAUAUUAUUAUUA